AUGCAACACAAUGAUACAAGUUCAAAUAAUUUAUUUACAAAUAUUGAACGGUUAGAUACACGUGAUUUAUUAUCCUAUGGACAACUUUCAUAUGAUACUAUAUUAACAUCAAUCCAAAGUAAUAAUACAGUACCAUUAUCAGUUAAUGUUCAAUUAUAUAUCUAUCUGAUUUAUUUUACAUUACUUGAACAAAGAACAAAAGAAUAUAAUGAAUUAUAUAUACAUUUAAUUGAACGUAAUUAUAAAUUAAUAACUAAAACUCAUGCAUAUGCAUCAUGUUUAUUUUUACUUGAAAAUAAUAUUCUUAUUGAACUUGUUGAAGAAUUAUAUGCACGUACAAAACAAUCAUCAACAUUAGCAUAUGAAGCUUUACUUUUAUUACGUCCUUUAUCAUUAUUACUUGCACACAUUAGUUUUUUUUUUCGUGCUUUAAUUAAUGCACGUUAUUCAGCUAAAGUUAAUGAAUGGACUUUAUUAUCAAUGACAAAUAUUGCACAAAGAAAAAUCACUAUGUUUUUAUUGAUGUUAUCACGUUUCAGUGUUCGUUUCGAAGAAUCAGACAAUCGUUUAUUUCUUAUUGCUGUGAUCGAAAAUAGUAUCUGCAGUUAA